CAAAUGGUCAGGGAAACACUCCGCAGACGUGAGUGUAUUCUGCGCUAGUCUCCUAUCCGGGUCUGGCGGCGCUGAGUGCUACUAGUUAGAGAUGCUGGUGCGGUUUGGACGGCGCUGUGGACAGGCGAGGGAGAGCACAGAAAUAAGGAACUCUGAAGAAGAUGAAGUUGCCGACUCACCUCUUCUACCUAGCAAGGUAGACCUCCGGCAGGUCACCAUAAUUCCACAUGAUGAGUGGGAAAGAAUUCAGGAUAGCCUUGACAAUUUGACAAGAGAAGCAGCGACUCUUCGUGCGGAAAGAAAAGCAAAGAAAGAAAUGCAUUUGCGAUCCCAGGAAGUGGUAAAACACUGGACUAAUACAUAUGCAGGGAUGAGAGAACAGAAACUUAAGGCCAAAAAGAAGCGUGAUGAAGAAAUUGAGGCUGAAAGACGAAUUCUUGAUAUAGAAGAAGAAAUAUACAAACAAGGAGAAAGAAAAAAGGCCAUUGAAUAUGCAAAGCAGUAUCAGUUUUUCAAAACAGAAAGAAUGAAAAACUUUCAUUCAGGACUUCUUCUUAGUAGAGUUAUGAAGGAACGUGAUGCCCAGAUUGAAUUCCAAAAGAGUAAUAAAAAAUCAGAUAAAAAAUGGGAAGAACAAUUGAAAUUCAACAUUGAAAUGGCUUUUAAAGAAGAGCAAGAAAAAGCAGAAAAACGACACAGAGAAAGAAUAGCUAUUGCCAAUGAUCAUCUAAAACAAAUAAAGGAACAUGAAGAGGAAGAAGAAAGAAGGAAAAAAUAUGAAGAAAACGAUGCUGAGGAGAUAAAGCGCCAGAAUUUAUUAUAUGAAAUAGAAUUGAGAAAAAAAUUAAAAAAGAAAAAAGAUGAGAUUCAAGAAAACAGGAGACUGUUUUUUCAUCUGCAUGAUAAAAAUAUCAUCAAAGCUGUAGAACAGCAGCAUCAGGAGGAUGAAGAGGAAAAAAGUAGAAAAUUUAUCAAAGCAAAAAAGCGUCUUGCACAAAUCAGGAAGGAAAAAGAAGCUGAAACACAUAGGCUAAUGGAGGAACGGAGAGAAAGAAUAAAUAACUUCCUGAGUGAACUAAUUAAAGAGAAAAUUGACAAUGAAGAUUUGAUUAUUGCUAGAGAUAUUGCAGAAGCUGAUGCUGAAUGGGAGAAAAGAGAAAAAGAAAAAAAUGAAAAAAGCCAAGCAGAAUUAAAAGCAAUUGCUGAACAUAGAGCCAUUGUGAUGAAAAAUAAAGAGGAAGAAGAAAGACAAAGGAAAAUAGAAUCUAAAGAACAAAGGCUGGCUGUCAUGAAAGCAGAUCAGAUUUUCCGUGAGCAUGAAAAGGAGAAAAAGUGCAAAGUUGAUAAAGAACGUAGAGAGGUUCAAGAUGCUCACAUUCAACAAAUGGCCAAAAAUAAGUUUAAUGCAAAAGCAGCAAAACAAGACGAAUUAGAAUAUUGCAGACUUACUGAAACUCUUGCAGCUGCAAAGGAGAAAGAAUUUCAGGAUUAUGCCAGAGAAGUAAUUAAACAAGAAUCUGAACCGACAAAUAAAUAUAUUUAUCCUCUUGUAAAAGCUGCACAGGAAGGACCUGGAGGUGGCCGUGGACCAGCUUUUAUGGAAAGAGGUGGAUUAAGACCAAGCUAUCAGGCAAAUGAUAUUACUGGAGUCCAGCUUCCUUUUUAUAACUCUCAGGGAUCAAAAUAUAAUAAUUUUCAGAAGUCUAAGGGAAGAUUAGGUUUUACAUGGUAGAAAAAAUUAUUUAAUAAAGCUGUUCAUCUCAGUACAAUUACACCUGAUCUGAUUCUUCACAAUUUUAUUUUUUUUGGUACUGGGGAUUGAACCUGGCACAUUUCUUUUGAGUAUAUAUAACCCUAAAGUUAACUGAUUUCAAUUCCUUUUUAAAUAUACAACAUAAAACUUACUUUAAAUGUGCUUUCAAUGGCAUUAAGUACAUUCACAAUAUUGUACAACCUGACUGUUCAUUGCUACAAAUGGAAACUCUGUACCCAUUAAGCAGUUAUUCCCCACAACCUAUGGCCAUCACUUAUCUGCUUUGUUUCUGUGCCAUUUGUCUACUCUGCAUAUUUCAUCUAAAUGGAAACUUGCUGUGGGUUUGGGUAUCUGGUUUAUUUCACCUAUUUUCAGGGUUCAGUCAUGUUGUGCCAUAUUUUAGUACUUCAUUCCUUUUUAUGGCCAUAUAACAUUCCACAGGAUAUAUUCCUUUUCGAUAGAAAUUUAUAUGCUUAUUUGCUUUGCUCUUAAGUGUUAGUAUCAAAUAACACUGUCAAUGUUAUUACUAACACUGAUUAUUGAAUGUAGUAGUCUAUUGAGUGUAUCUCACCAGCACGUGCAAAAUACCGCAUUUUGAAGUCACUUAAAUAAUUCUACACCAUUUUGCCACCAACUUGAUAUCCAAGUUCAGUGGGGUUUUGAGUUACAUUCCCCUGCUUUUAGAAAAAAAAAAUUUGUGGUUUAAAGAAAAUGCCACAAUGUUACCAUCUUAACCAUUUCUAAGUAUACUUUCUACAGUAAAGUACAUUCACAUUAUAGUCUCUAGAACCUUGUAAUCUUGUACAACUGAAACUGUAUCUCAGUGACUACUUCCCAUUUCCCUCUUCCUUCAACUUCUGAAAGCCACCAUUCUUUUAUGUUUGGCCACUCUAGUUACCUCAUAUAGGUGUAAUCAGUGAAUGUCUUUUAAAAAUUUACUUUUCACAGGUUCAUCCACGUUGUAAAAUGUGCCAGCUUAUAGUUGUGAACUAUAUACAACUGUGACAGCUUCUUUUUAAAAAUUGAAUACCCAGGACUGGGGUUGUGGCUCAGUGGUAGUGUUCACCUAGCAUGCCUGAGACCCUGCGUUUGAGCCUCAGUACCACAUAAAACUAAAAUAAAGGUACUGUGUCCACCUACAACUAAAAAACAAAAAAACCCAAAAAGCAAAACCCCACAAAACUGAAUACCCAUGGUAUGUGCAUGUAAAUAUACACAAUAUAUUUGUAUACAUAUGCCAAAAAUGUGUAAGUAUAUACAUGGUUGAUUCAGUCCUUCAUAAAUGGACACUUUGCCUUCACCUCUUGGCUAUUAUGAAUAAUGGUAUUAUGAACACUAAGUGUGCAAAUAACUCUUUGAAAUGCUUUCCAUUCUUUUGGAUACAUACCCAGAAGUGGAAUUGUUGAACCACAUGAUUUCACUUAUAAUUUUUUGGAACUUGCCUGUUUUCUUUUUUAAUAUUUUUAGUCAUAGAUCAACACAAUACCUUUAUUUUUAUGUGGUGCUGAGGAUUUAACCCAGUGUCUCAUCUGUGCUGGUUAAGUACUCUACCACUGAGACACACCCCAGCCCAAACUUUCCUGUUUCCUAAAGCAGCAGCAUCAUUUUACAUCCCCCACUGCACCAAGGGUACAUGUUAUACAGUUUUUUAUAAUAGCCCUCCUGUGACUAAGGUAUUCUGUGGUUUUGUUUUUUAUUUCCCUAAUGAUUAGUGAUGUUGAGCAUUUUUUGUUGUUGCUGCUGCUGAAGACUCACCCAGGGUCUUGUAUAUGUUAAGCAUGAACUCUAUAACUUAGCUACACUCCCAUAUCUUUCUGUGUUUACUUUUGUUACCAGGGACUGAAGCUACGGGUGCUUAACCACUGAGCCCCAUCCCCAGCCCUUUUGAGACAGGAUCUCACUAAAGUUGCUGCCACUGACUCCAACUUGAGAUCCUCCUGCCUCAGCCACCUGAGUUGCUAUGACUAUAGGUGUGCACCACCACACCUAGCCUCUUUCCAUAUUCUUGCUGGCCAUUUGUGUAUCAUAUUAUAGAAAUAUCUAUUUACCUCCUCUGUUCACUUCCAUUGGUUUGUUUUAAUGAAUUAUAGUUUAUAUAUAUUCUGGAUAUUGAUCUCUUAUCAUGAUAGCAAAUGCUUUCUCAUUCCUUAGGUUGCCUUUCCAUUGUUUUGUUGCUUAUUCUUUAUAAAACUGAUUCUAAAGAUCACAGCAUAGGAAUGCAUAAAGACCUUUUCUUUUCCAACUGACGUAGUAUUCUGUUGCAUGGAUAUAUCUCAUGUGAAGACAGCAAACUGAAGCAUUAUGAUUAAACAUUAACACUAACUAUAACUUUAUACCAAACCUAGAAACUCAUUGCUGGCUAAAUUAUUAUUAUUUUUUUUUUAGUUUUUCUUU